AUGUCUACCCAAAAUAUACCAGCUAACAACAAUUCUUACAUAGUAGACGUUCACGCACACAUUUACAAAAGCUCUUUCCCCGAAAAAUCCAUUUCCUCAAUACUAACACGCGCUCGUAAGGACGCGAACGUGCGCAAAAUUGUGUGUGUUUCAGAGAUACUUGACGAAGCGAAGGAAAUUUUGAUGAUGUCAAAGAAUAGUGCAUACUUUUCAUCAUCGAUAAAUGAUGAUGCCUCAAAUGUAAUUAAUGAUGAAGAAAAAGAAAUUUUAUCAUCACUGGAAUUAAGUGAAAUGAUUGCACCGUGUGCUGGACUUCAUCCUGUACAACCAGGUUUCUAUGAUGGCAGCACGAGUAAGAGUGUGAUGGAUGUGAGUCAAGUUGAGGGUAUCCUUCAAUUCAUUAGAGAGAAUUCACAAGAUUUAGUUGGAAUUGGUGAAGUCGGCCUCGAUUUCUCGCCCCAUGUAUUCUCAAACGCACUCGCACAAAAUCCAAAUAAAACAAUCGACGAUCUAAAAGAAACACAACGACAGGUACUGACGCGACAAGCAGAGUUAUCAAUUUCAUAUGAUUUACCAUUGAACGUGCAUUCUCGGUCUGCGGGGCAUCAUGUCUUGGACUUGUUGUCAAAGGUUGGCGCAAAAAAGGUGGUAAUGCACGCAUUUGAUGGCCAAGUAAAGUAUGCGAAACGUGGUGUAGAAAUGGGAUAUUACUUUUCGGUCCCACCAUCAAUCGUCUACUCAAAACAGAAACAGAAUCUAGUCUCCGCCUUACCACUAUCUAAUCUAUUGCUGGAAACUGAUUCACCUGUGCUCGGACCUGAACCUGGACUUGAUAAUGAACCGGCAAAUAUUGUGAUUAGUGCACGUGAGAUUGCCAGGAUCAAAGAAAUUGACGUGGAUCGAGUGAUUGAAAUAACUACGGAAAAUGCGUGCAAGUUAUUCCCGAAACUUAGAACCUAA